ACCAAUUAUUAGAGACGAAGAGAGUAGAGGUGAAACUGGAAAUCUACAGAAGAGGGAAAUGUCGCCAAUCGAAGAUGAGCAAUUGCGUCGCCGGAAACUGGAAGAGGCUCUCGAAGUCAAAUCCCUCCGCCGUAUCAUUAGCGCUUAUCUCAACUAUCCGGAGGCUGCUGAGGAAGAUAUCAAAAGAUAUGAAAGAUGCUUCAGGAGGCUUCCUCUUGCCCACAAGGCACUGUUGUCACACCUUCCUCUGAAAUUUCAGAAACUCAGAUGGUGUGUUUCAAAAAAUUCUUAUUUCAUAUUUGAAAUGCUUAAGGCCUUUGAUCCUCCUAUUGAUAUGAGUGUGGACACUGACAUUGCUGAGGAUCAUGCAAUUGAAAAUGCCCCAGUUCAACAACUUUCUUCUACUGAAAUGAAUCCUCAUUCUUGUCAGCCUGGCUCAAAUAUUACCCUACUACAUAAUGCAAAAGUUGAUGAACUUCGCUCUGGGGAAGAUGGACUGAGUGGCACUCCUAACCCUGAAACUCUCAGUGAGGAGAAGAAAAUCCAAUCAUUGAGCGAAAACGUCGGGAAUUUCUCUGUAGCCUCUGAGCGUAAUGGAAUGGCACAAGGUGGUGAUGUCCAUAGUUAUCAGAGUGCUACACAUUGUUGUGAUGGACAUGCUUCGCCGUCGCCUGAUUGGUUGGACCCAUCAUUGCAAUUUCAUGUUCCUUUGGCUGACGUAGAUAAGGUUCGAUGCAUCAUAAGGAACAUUGUCAGAGAUUGGGCAGCUGAGGGUCAGAAGGAGCGUGAUGAAUGCUAUAGACCAAUUCUUCAAGAGCUUGACCGACUUUUUCCAGACCGUUCUAGUGACAGCAGUCCUCCUGCAUGUUUAGUUCCUGGAGCUGGACUUGGGAGGUUGGCAUUAGAAAUCUCAUGUUUGGGUUUCAUAAGCCAAGGAAAUGAGUUUUCGUACUACAUGAUGAUUUGCUCCAGUUUUAUACUAAAUUACUCUCAAACUUCCGAGGAGUGGAAUAUAUAUCCAUGGAUCCACAGUAAUUGCAAUUUACUUUCCGACAAAGAUCAACUUCGCCCUGUUUCUAUUCCGGACAUUCAUCCAGCAAGUGCAGGGAUUACUGAAGGCUUCUCAAUGUGCGGAGGUGAUUUUGUCGAGGUCUAUAAUGAUCCAAGUCAAGUAGGAGCCUGGGAUGCAGUUGUGACUUGCUUCUUUCUUGAUACGGCACACAAUAUUGUGGAAUAUAUUGAGAUAAUAUCUAAAAUUCUUAAAGACGGGGGUGUGUGGAUCAAUUUGGGACCCCUGCUUUAUCAUUUUGCAGAUGCUUAUAAUCAAGAAGAUGAGAUGUCAAUUGAGCUGAGCUUAGAAGAUGUAAAGAGGGUUGCCUUCCACCAUGGAUUUGAAAUAGAGAAGGAAUCAACCAUUGCCACAACUUAUACAACAAACCAAAGGUCGAUGAUGCAGAACCAAUACUAUGCUGCAUUUUGGACAAUGAGGAAGAAACCACCAACGCCGACAAGUGCACCGGAUGCGGCUGCUGCAUAAUGUGUAGGCUACCUAAGCUUUAAGCUUAAUGUAAUCCUAGCAUAAACGUUUUAUGUUAGUGCACUUUUUAGACCGUAAUGUUUCUACUGAGCUCUUACUGCUCUUGAAAAUUGGCCUAUUAUUGUUGGAAUUUCAGGCUGAACUGAAUUAAUGCAAAAGCAAAUUAGAUUUUCGA